AUGGCCUGCUGCUCCACCAGCUCCUGUGGAUUUCCUAGCUGCUCCACCAGUGGGACCUGUGACUCCAGCUGCUGCCAGCCAAGCUCCUGCCAGACCAGCUAUGGCAUUGGUGGUGGCAUUGGUGGUGGCCAGGAGGGUGGUUACGGAGCAGUGAGCUACCGCACCAGGUGGUGCCGCCCUGACUGCCGAGUGGAGGGCACCAGCCUGCCCCCCUGCUGUGUGGUGAGCUGCAUCCCCCCAUCCUGCUGUGAGCUGCACCAGGCUCAGGCCUCCUGUUGCCGCCCAUCCUACUGUGGACAGUCCUGCUGCCACCCAGCCUGCUGCUGCCAGCCCACCUGCUGUGAGCCCACCUGCUACAAGCUAGGCUGCUGA